UGAUGUAAUCUCUUGUGUCCACAACAGCUAACCAGUGAUGGGAACGCGUGUAUACGUCGGUCGCAUCAGUUAUGAUGUCCGCGAGAGAGACAUCGAAAAGUUCUUUAAAGGUUACGGAAGAAUACGUGAGAUCCUGAUGAAGGAUGGCUUCGCUUUUGUGGAGUUUGAUGACCACAGAGACGCCGACGACGCGGUCUAUGAGCUGAACGGCAAAGAACUGUUGGGCGAACGGUAUGUG